UCGCAGGGGAGGUGUUGUGAAAAGUUCACGAUGUGUUUGCGUGGAUAGAGAAAGAGAGAGAGAGAGAGAGAGAGAGGGAGAGAGAGGGAGGACGGAAAAGGGGCGUGGACGCGUAUACCUUUGGGAAGUUGUAUGACCCUGCCUCCAGUUCUCAGCUGGACCAAGCGGCAGCUGCGUCACGAGAGCCACUACAGCCAAGCGUUUGUUUUGAGUGUUUCGGUGAACUGCCCCCACCAGAGCGGGACACCUGACCACCUGUGAACCAUGGAAAAUGACGCGUCCCACGCCGAGCCCAGCAGCGUCUCCGGCAGCACCCACACCAUCCCGCAGCCCGAGAGCGCGGAGCUGCUCACCCCGAGCUUCACCCCGUCCUCUGCCCCGUCCUCCCCGAACCCGAUCAGCACCCUGACCCGGCUGGGCUUGAAAAUCCCGACCAGCCCGACCGAUGCGGCGCCGGGGAGCCCGGUCGACCGCGGCCAGGUGAGCGCCAUCACCGUGGUGGCGCUGCUGGACAAGCUGGUCAACAUGCUGGAGGCGGUGCAGGACAACCAGCAGCGCAUGGAGCAGCGGCAGGCCGACCUGGAGGGCGCCGUGCGGGUCGUGCAGGGGGACGUGACCCGCCUGUCCAGGACCCACGUCGGCACCUCCAACAGCGUCAACAAGCUGCUCGAGCGCUCCCGCAAAGUCAGCGGGCACCUGAAGGACGUGAGGGAGCGCAUGGAUAAGCAGGCCGUCCAGGUGAAGAAGCUGGAGGCGAACCACAGCCACCUGCUGAAGAGGAACCACUUUAAAGUGAUCAUCUUCCAGGAGGACAAUGAGAUCCCCGCCAGUGUGUCAGUUAAGGACUCCUUCAAGACCCCACAGCCGAGCCAGUACGACGCAGAGUCCAUCCUUCCUGCUCCGUCUGUAGCCGGCUCUGUUGAUGGCAGCCGUGCUCAUGAGGAGGGUCUUCAGACCAUUAGCCUGUCCGACGACGACGAUGACGAUCUCACAGUACACCACGAGGAGUACGAGAUGUGUGGGAGCGAGGCCAGUAUGGGUCCGGGCACUUCCCGCUCAUUCGAGAGAAGGGCUGACAAGUUCAAGCGCAACAGCCUCAAGAAGGUUGAUAGCCUGAAGAAGGCCUUCUCGCGCCAGAGCAUCGAGAAGAAGGUGAACCAGAUCACCACCAAGAUUGUGCCACCAGAGAAGCGUGAGCAAAUCCGGAAGAGCCUCAGCCCUAACCAACCCAAGAGCCCGACCGCCAAGUCCUCCUCUUUCAAGGUAUCUCCCAUGACCUUCAACAUCAAGAAGGUCCGAGACGGGGAGGCCCCCGCACAAGGCGAGGACUUUCCCGGGGAAGAAGACCACGUGGAGAUUCCUGCUCUAGAAAGCUUCGAUGAAGAGAUUCCCUUGGCAGAGGUGCAUACCCAGGAAGGAGUUGUGGAGAAGAUCCAGGAGAUGCGGAGUCCCUCCACCCCAGAGAGCAUGAAGGCCGAGCUGGCAAUCAAUGGAGAGGCACCAAGCUGUGAGAUAAAUGGCGCUCGUUCCGCUGGCCUGGCAGUUCCAGAGCUCGAUGAAGAUCUUGUCGAGGAAGAGGAGGAAGAAGAGGUGGAAGAAAAAGAGAAGAAACACAAAAGCCCUGUUGAGAUCGCAGCAGAUGCCCAGAUUCCCACAUCAACAAUUACUGUAGAGCAAGUGUCUUAAUAUGAUUUAUUUCUUAGCGAGAAGCAAUUCUAGUUUUCCAUUCUUUCUUUUCUUGCCUUAACUUUCUAAAUUCGUGAACACCCAGCAGGCACAAAUUAUCCCUCCAUUGUAAACGGGCCUUUGCGUUCUUGCCAUGAACCCCCACCAUAUACACUAGAAACGUACUCCCAGCUUCCUAAGGUAGCCCAUCCUUGGACCAUUCCUGCAACUUUUUGAUUAUCACCAGCUCAGUCCUCAGACCAUGACACACACAGUGUAGAAGCAACUGGGUUCACAGCUAGAUCUCGCAGUGUAUCAGAAUUCAGUGCUUCCUAAACCCUGUAGCACGGCUGUCCAAAGAAAGCACCGUUGCACCAAUGGACCAUAACUCCCAUCAACUGGUGCCCGUGUCCUAUAGCGGCCCAUUUCCAGGACGCUGGGCCAACUAGCUCCCUACUGCUGUGUCUGUCUGCCUCUGGAGCUUUCUUCCACACAAAUAGCCUGUUCGUUCUUUGUGGGGGUUUUCUUCUUCUUUUUUGUUUGAAGAAAAAUGGUCAAUCUUUGGCAACAGUGGUACUACCAUACUGCCUGUUGAGGCAGUGUGUUGCCAGGUCGUGCUCGAGUUGGAAUGGGGAGGUUCAGGGGUUUCAGUGAAAAGGCCCUGGGGUGUUUUGUAGUGAACUAGAGGUUGUUUACUAAAUUCUUUGGACCUAUGCUGGAAAAAAAGCCCCAAUCUUAACCAACAGGUGGCUAUACUUCAGUAUUCUGUUGUCCGAGUGGUGACGUCUUGUCUCCUGUCCUUCACCUGCGCACGACAAAUUGUUGAUUACUUCCAUAGCGGCAUAUCUAGAAUGCCACAUGAGUGGCAUGUGGCACAUGGGAAUGUAUUAGUAAUGUUUGCUUGCACAUUCAAUAACCUCCAGGUGCAGACAAUUAGAAUAGAUG